UCUAAGGAGCACACAAAGAGGUGCUGAGGUUAUGUCAAACAUCUGGCACAGCUGAGGGCAAGCCCAACACUCCUUUCUGAUUGAAACAUUUAAAAGUACACAAUUUGAGACUAAGUUAUAGUGAUCAUUCUUAUAUUGAAGACAAAAGCAAUAGUAAAAUAAUUUUAGGUCCAGGGGUUGAGGACCUGUGAUAAACCACCUCUGAUAAGUUGGAAACAUAUGUGUCAACAUUUUCAUAUAUAUAGUGAUAAAGAAAGACACCUCCGUAGCCAAUAUUUUCCAAAGAGAGAACUCGAAGGAAAAUGUACAGCAAUGGAGACAUUUAAACGUCCUGUCUUCAUCCUGAUUCUUCACCUUCUAGAAGGGGCCCUUGGCAAUUCACUUAUUCAGCUGAACAAUAAUGGCUAUGAAGGCAUUGUCAUUGCAAUUGAUCCCAAUGUGCCAGAAGAUGAAACACUCAUUCAACAGAUAAAGGACAUGGUGACCCAAGCAUCUCCAUACCUGUUUGAAGCUACAGAAAAACGAUUUUAUUUCAAAAAUGUUGCCAUUUUGAUUCCCGAAAAGUGGAUGACAAAACCUGACUAUGUGAGACCCAAACUCGAGACCUACAAAAAUGCUGACGUUCUGGUUGCAGAACCAAAUCCUCCAGGUAACGAUGAACCCUACACUGAGCAGAUGGGAAAGUGUGGAGAAAAGGGUGACAGAAUUCACCUCACCCCUGACUUCUUAGCAGGAAAAAAGUUGCCUCAAUAUGGACCACAAGGUAGGGUGUUUGUCCAUGAAUGGGCUCACCUACGAUGGGGAGUAUUUGAUGAAUACAAUAAAGACCAGAAAUUCUACUUAUCCAAUGGAAAAAACAAAGCAGUCAAAUGUUCUGCAGAUAUUGUUGGUAAAAAUGUAGUAACUAAGUGUCAGGGAGGCAGCUGUCUCACCAAACCGUGCAGACCCAAUAAAUUAACAGGACUCUUCGAAGAGGAUUGUGAGUUCAUACCCCAAGGCCAGCAGACUACGAAGGCUUCCAUAAUGUUUGCACAACGUAUUGACUCUGUGGUUGAAUUCUGUACAGAGCAAAACCACAACAAAGAAGCCCCAAACCUCCAAAACCAAAGAUGCAAUCUCCAAAGCACAUGGGAAGUAAUCCGUGAUUCUGAGGAUUUUAAGAAAACCACUCCUAUGACAACCCAGCCACCGAAGCCCACCUUCUCAUUGCUGCAGAUUGGACAGAGAAUUGUGUGCUUAGUCCUCGAUAAGUCUGGAAGCAUGACGAAUGGGGACCGCCUUAAACGACUGAACCAAGCAGGCAAACUUUUCCUGCUGCAGACGAUUGAGCAGGGGUCCUGGGUUGGAAUGGUCUUAUUCGACAGUGCUGCCCAUGUACAAAGUGAACUCAUACAGAUAAACAGUGGCACUGACAGGGACACACUCACCAAAAAGUUACCCACAGCAGCCGCAGGAGGAACGUCCAUCUGCUCCGGGCUUAAGUCGGCAUUUACGGUGAUUAGAAAGAAAUACCCAACCGAUGGAGCUGAGAUUGUGCUGCUGACCGAUGGGGAGGACUCCACUAUAAGCAGGUGCUUUAAUGAAGUGAAACAGAGCGGAGCCAUCAUCCACACAGUUGCCCUGGGGCCCUCUGCAGCUCAAGAAUUGGAGGAGCUGUCCAAAAUGACGGGAGGUUUACAGACAUAUGCUUCAGAUCAAGUUCAGAACAACGGGCUUAUUGAUGCCUUCGGGGCCCUUUCAUCAGGAAAUGGUGCUCUCUCUCAGCGCUCCAUCCAGCUUGAAAGCAAGGGAUUAACUCUCCAGAAAGAUCAGUGGAUGAAUGGUACGGUGAUUGUGGACAGCACAGUGGGAAACGACACUUUGUUUCUUGUCACCUGGACGACACAGCCUCCCCAGAUCUUUCUCUGGGAUCCCAGUGGAAAGAAACAAGAUGGCUUUGUUGUGGACACAGGCACCAAAAUAGCCUACCUCCAAAUCCCGGGCACUGCCAAGGUUGGCACUUGGACUUAUAGUCUGCAAGCAAGCUCACAAACCUUGACCCUGACUGUCACCUCCCGUGCAUCCAGUGCGACCCUACCUCCAAUUACAGUGACUUCCAAAAUGAACAAGGACACAGGCAAAUUCCCUAGCCCCAUGACAGUUUAUGCAAAUAUUCGUCAAGGAGCCUCACCAAUUCUCAGGGCCAGUGUCACAGCCUUGAUUGAAUCAGUGAAUGGAAAAACAGUUACCUUGGAGUUACUGGACAAUGGAGCAGGUGCUGAUGCUACUAAGGAUGACGGUGUUUACUCAAGGUAUUUUACAGCUUAUGAUACAAAUGGUAGAUACAGUGUCAAAGUAUGGGCUCUUGGAGGAAUUAAUGCAGCCAGAGGGAGAGCGAUACCCCAGCAGAAUGGAGCCAUGUACAUACCUGGCUGGAUUGAGAAUGGUAAAAUAAAAUGGAAUCCACCAAGACCUGAAAUUCAGAAGAAUGAUCUUCCAGACAAGCAGGUGUGUUUCAGCAGAACAACCUCUGGGGGUUCAUUUGUGGCCUCUGAUAUCCCAAAGGCUCCCAUUCCCGAUCUCUUCCCACCUUGCAAAAUCACCAACCUGAAGGCGAAAAUCCAAGGGGGCAAUCUCAUCAACCUGACAUGGACCGCCCCUGGGGACGAUUAUGAUCACGGAACAGCUCACAAGUAUAUCAUCCGAAUAAGUACAAGUAUUCUUGAUCUCAGAGACAAGUUCGAUGAUUCUCUUCAAGUGAAUACUACACAUCUUAUCCCGAAGGAAGCCAACUCUGAGGAAAUCUUUGUGUUUAAACCAGAAAACAUCACUUUUGAAAAUGGCACAGAUCUCUUCAUUGCUGUUCAGGCUGUUGAUAAGGUCAAUCUGAGAUCCGAAAUAUCUAACAUUGCACAAGUAUCUUUGUUUAUUCCUCCACAGACCCCUCCAGAGACACCUCAACCUGAUGACACUUCUGUUCCUUGUCCUGAUAUUAAUAUCAACAGCACAAUUCCUGGUAUUCACAUUUUAAAAAUUAUGUGGAAGUGGUUAGGAGAACUACAGCUGUCGGUAGCCCUGAACUGAGUUUUCAUUAGAGAAAUAAAAUAAAUCAUUCAUUCUUCUUUUGAUUAUAAA